UAGCCCUAUAGUCGGAAAACCUGGACUAAUCUUCUCUUGUCCCUUAACUAUCUCAGUGAAUUAAGAUAUACGAAGAAGUUGAAUAGGAGGAAUGGUUUUCGAUACUGAAUUUGCGAACGAUAAAUCUGCCAUUCUCAGUCAGGGAAUAACUGUAGUUAUACUCUUUGCGCUGGGAAUGGUUGGCAACGGAAUUCUCAUGGUGGCUUAUUGUCGGGAUCAUCGCAUGCAAACACCAACCAAUAUGUUGGUUAUAAGCCACAUAUCCGCCGAGUUUUUAUUUUCUGUCAAUGGCAUUCUUGUUUACGGAUCGAGUCUAAUCCGACUUGAGGUUCUGGAAGGAAACCUCUGCAUCCUCGCCGGCACUAUCAACAUGUUUUUGUUCUUCGUCUCUGUUCUCAGCUUGACAGCCAUUGCCGUGGACCGCUACUUCGCUGUGGUGAGAAAAAGUCAUCAUAAGUUUACGAAGAACUUAGUGAGGCGUGUCGUGGUUGUUAUUUGGAGCCAAGCUGUGGUAUCCGCAAUUCCCUGGGAUUUGAUUCUCAUUAACAAGCCCGGAAAGAGAUUCAUCGCCUGGGUGCUAGGAAAUUGCGAGAAAUACCUCACUCUACGUGAGCAUAACAACGUGCCCGUUAUAUCCUUUCGCAUUGUACUUUGGUCAUUGUCCUUCAUGAUACCGUGCGUUGUGAUAUUCUACGCUUCUGGACAAAUUCUUCGAACUGCUCUCAAUAAACGAGUUCGCGUCCAUGUACUGGAGUAUCCGAGAAAUCCCGUCGAUGCUUACUCAAAGUCUUCGUUCACAACGAUCAUGAUAACAACCGUGUACUUCCUCUGUCUCAUACCAAGCCUUGUAUUGUAUAUUUUGAGAGAAGGCAGUUCCGGGUCGUACUACUCUCCAGCGGUUCAUAUCAUUGCCAAGGUGGCUAUGAGUUUCAGGUCGGUGUGUUAUCCAGUGAUUUUUAUCGCUCGCAAUCGGAAAUUUUCGGGUCAUGUUCGGACGUUUUUAAGAAAGAAAUGCACACUUGUUCAGCGAACUUGUGCAGCCAUGCGCUGUCGAUCGCUCAACUGCCGACAAGGUGUAAGGCAUGUGUAUGAAUGUCCUACUCAUACGGGGCGCAAUUCAAUUCAUUUUGGCAUGAAAGGUCAAGCUUCCGAGCUUCAGGUUACGCCCUCUAUGGGUAUGCCACUUAGAAUAGCUUUUACGGACUUAAAAGGUAUCUCGGAGAAUUCCUUAUAGACCUGCAGGAUCAGGAAGAGGUCCAACUAAACUCCGUUUUGAACCAUUUUGAAUCCUAUCGAACCGUUUGGCUUACUUCGUCCGUUUUUCCUUUUUCCUCAUAGAUGUGAUUGUCUGUGUCAUACUGAGGUCAAAUCAAAGACUGUCAAACAAAAAGAAAUUUACACAAAAUGGUAAAUUGUUUCAAAGAAAAAGUCAUAAAGUCACCGGUAAAUCGUGGAAAAUUUUUGCUUAAUUUUUGUGUUACUGUAAUUAAUUUUAGUAGUGGGUUCGAUAUUUUAAGAAUUUUUUUGAAAUUUUUCGACCUUGGACGCCGCCAUUUGAAAAGAACUCAACAGUUAACCUGGCCUCACACUCCUCAAAUGGCAAGAAAUCACAACGAGCGGUUUGCAAGCAGCGCCUGCUCUCAUUAUGGCCACAAAUUCAUUCUUGGAGUCAUGAAUACCUUUUUGUAGGUUCUUGUAGAUUAACCAGAUCGUCAAAAGAUGGAUUUUUUAUAGGUAAUAGGACCGAGUGGAGUCCAACUCGGUCUGUAUUUAUUAGAGUAAGUAACAAAAUCGAAUUUGUUAAUUACGAGUAUGAUUACAGACAGAAUUGGACGACACGAAGUUCUGCUUCCAAUUAAUCAAAACUAUGACAAAAAUUGAGAAGGAAACUAGACAUCGGUUCUACGUUUUUAUUAAAAAAAAAAACAACGACAGAUAACUCGGCGAAUUGUAAGAAAACACCGCACACACAUGACGUGUUCUGUCCAUUUACACGGGCAUGACCUGUGAACUGUGCUUUUACCUGUCGUAUUACACUGUCCAAUCAUAAGCAUGACGCGUACACUGUCCUAUCAGCGCUCAAAUCGGGUUGGUGAUAAUUAAAAAUGAUAUUAACUUAGCUACUUUAUACAGAUGUAAAGCAUUCUGGUCCAUGAGCAACGAUACAAUUAAAGAUGGCGACAUUUGGGUUACUGUGUCGAAUCUUAAAACCCCACCGAGUGUUACUUUAUAGAAUUCGAUUUCACCCUUUUUAACUGCCGACGUAAACAUUGCAUGGUCUCUUGAAAAUAGUGCUGUGACGUAGCAUGAACGGAUUUCCUGAACUACCUUUACCGCGUAGCAAUUUUCGUCACCAACAAGCAGAGGGUAAUGCUGAGUCACCGUGAAGCCCAAGUGAUAUGUUUUGUGUAAUGAGGCGUUUUUAAUGGAGAACAUGUUGUGAAGAAGUCUAGCGAGGUACUUUUACUAAUUCAGAAGAGCUCAUUCAACGGGAAACGAAUCCACAAAUAGAUAGUAUACUCAAGUGAAGGUCUGAUGGCAACAGAUUUCUAUCAUGCUCCGUCAAAGUUUACGAGAAGUGUCCUCACAACUUUUUGUUCGCCAAUGUAUAUAGCAGAUAAUUUUUCAAGGUAAAUGCAGCUUAAGGUUAUCUAGAUAGAGGAUUGGAAGUGUUGUGAGUACGAGAAGCUGUAGAUCCCUUUUUUUUUUAGACUGGGUUUAAUGCUUGACGCUGAUUUUCAUUUCAUUAUAAUCAUUGCAGAGCCGACUAUUUUAAUGCCUAUUUAAUCAUAUUGAGACCAGCUGAGGUUUAUUACCCACAAACAAUAUUUGAUGGUUUUGCAUGCGAUGUUAAUCAGGAAUAAUGCAUAUUCAGCACUUAUCCCAGAUGUUCGGUCACAUGCUUUUAACUGUGACAUUUCAUUUCUCAACAGGCAGAUUUUCGCGUCGGUAAUUAGUAGAUAGAAACAACCCCGUGGUGUGAUGCUGUUACAUUUUUUUGUAAAGAUGUGCAUUGGUGGCGGUUUUGAACUGACUGCAACCGACAAAGCCUUCCAGGGCGUUACAUUCACCGUUUUCUUACUGGCGUUUUGCUUCAUUGCUUUUACGAGUUGUUGCAUCCUGCAUACAUCCGCCGCCGACCAGGAAUCAUUUGAACAAAUAAAAAUCACGUCGCGACGCUCAAUCAAAUCUGAAUUCACUAUGAUUAUCAUAAAUUGCAGUCUCUUUCUUGUGUUUAAUACCAUCAACUGUUCCUCUCUUCAAAUGCGAAAGGAACUUCUUUCUUCACUGCGAGGCUGAAAACUAGUUUUUGAUUCAUUUUUCGAAGAUUAGGUUGUGCUUUCGAUCAGCUUGUUCCCCUGCCAUUUUUAGAGCUCAAAGUCACAAAUUUUCUAGGUACAUUCGUGAGUUGUUUCACAGAAGCAUUUGUGGCCGAUAUUAAAUGACAAGUCGACGACAAUCGUCAAAAAUUGUUGACGUUUACCAUUAACUGAGCACUUUGGGACAUGGAACCUAGUGAUUCCUAUGCAAUAAGUCUUUGGUUGACAGCCAAAGCGAUCUGACCUUCAUGAACUUGGAGAAACACUCUUUCAAUAAAAAAUGUAGACUUCAUAUUGCAUAAUACAAAAUGUUAUUCAAACAUUAAGGCCGCGAUCAACGAGUUUUGUACUUAUUGCAACAUUACUUUUUUUUUUGGAGAAAGUUUUUUUGUAAUCCAAUAGUAUGAUUAACAGCAUAUAAUUUUUUUUACAAAAUGAAAACCCUAUCAAUAACGUGUAUCUCAACGCCUCGUAAUGCGUAGCGGUCGAUAUCAUGUAUUAAAGCGUUUUAGCGAAGGUCUUCGUUUAGAAGUUCGAGCCUACUUUUCCUACGAAACGUAGACCUUAUCAUUAAGGUGUAUUUUAACGACUUACACAGCAUAGCGCCGGGGCGUAAAGAUUGACUUUAACCAAAAAAAAUUGUUCUGAAAUGCUGUUUAAUGUAACAUAUACAGAUCAAUUUGCAAUGAUGAACAAAGGCAUUUGAAA